AUGUCUGAGCUACGGAGACGGGGAAAGAAAACCGGUUCGGCUGCGUCUGCAGCUGCAAGUGAAGAACCGAAAGUCCAUAAUCCGGUCGCUGUCAAAGCUGCAGAUCCGGAACACAAGUACUACCUUGCACUCGCGUUGGUGACGGUUUUUGCAAUUUACACUCGUUUCACCAAAAUCUCCAACCCACCCAUGGUGGUGUUCGACGAGGUUCAUUUUGGAAAGUUUGCCUCGUAUUACUUGGAAAGAACCUAUUUCUUUGAUUUGCAUCCACCAUUUGCCAAGUUGCUUAUUGCUGCAGUCGGAUGGAUUGUUGGCUAUGAUGGUGCGUUCAAGUUUGAAAACAUCGGUGACGACUACGUGAAAAACAACGUGCCAUAUAUUGCCUAUCGAGCAUUUCUGGCCAUCCAGGGAACAUUGACCGUACCAGUGAUGUUUCUAAGCUUGAAGACUGUGGGCUACUCGGUACCUGCGUGUACGUUUGCAGCCGUGUUGGUGUGUUUUGACAAUGCUCACAUCACCGAUUCGAGACUCAUUCUCUUAGAUGCUACACUCAACUUGAGUGUUGCCGUGACAAUUUUCUGCUACUUUAACUUUGUGACUUACAGAAAGGUUCCAUUCACCAAGAAAUGGUGGUCUUGGUUGACAGCCACAGGUGUUGCUCUCUCGUGCGUGAUUUCAACCAAAUAUGUGGGUGUUUUGACUUAUGUUACUAUUGGGAUUGGUGUGUUGUACGAAUUGUGGAUUUUGCUCGACUACCGCCGUGGAUUGACCAAUGUCAAACUCGCACAACAUUUCUUUGCUCGGUUGUGGUGCUUGAUUAUUUUCCCCUUUAUGAUCUACUUGUUCUGGUUCUACGUUCACUUCUCCAUCUUGACCAAGUCGGGACCAGGAGACAACUUUAUGUCGUCGGAGUUCCAGGAAACUUUGAUCGAGUCCCCGAUGGCCCGCUUAGCCAAGCAGGUCAACUACUAUGAUGUGGUGUCGAUCAAACACAAGGAUACGGGCGCCCUUUUACAUUCUCACUUGGCAGACUAUCCUUUGAGGUACGAGGAUGGACGGAUUUCUUCCAACACUCAGCAGGUGACAUGUGUGGUUGAUGGUGAAGCUGCAAUUGAUAUUAACAGUCAAUGGGAAAUCAUUCCUACUACUGAAGUCAAAAAAGGCCAGGCGGUUUACACCAACGAUGUCAUUCGUUUGAAACAUGUGGGUACCGGCGGAUACUUGUUGACCCACGAUGUGGCAUCUCCUUUGAAGUCGACCAACGAAGAGUUCACCAUUACUUAUAAUGAUGAAAAGUACUCACAGGCUUAUAACGAGUCUCUUUUCAGGCUUCGUCACUCGACAGCAAACAGCAAGAACAAGAGAAAGUUGGUGAAAACAAAAGCGGUUCCUUUGAAGGUUAUUCAUGUGGAUACCGUCGUGGCCAUGUGGACCCAUGACGAUGAAGUUUUGCCAGAAUGGGGUUUCGGCCAUCAGGAAGUGAGUGGAAACAAAAAGCUUCAAGAUAUGGAUAACACAUGGACUUUUGACGAGAUUUUCAACAUGCCUGAAGAUGACAAGAGAAGAGAAUACGUUCCCAAGAAACUUCGCAAAAUUCCAUUUUUGAAAAAAUGGUGGGAGUUGCAAGGGUUAAUGUUCUAUCACAACAACCAAUUGUCUUCGGAGCAUCCUUUUGCAUCGCAACCAGAUGCCUGGCCCUUGGCUUUAUCGGGAGUUUCUUUCUGGAACGAUAACAACCAAAGAAAGCAAAUCUUCUUCAUUGGUAAUGUCAUUGGAUUCUGGUUAGAAGUGGCCUUCCUUGCUAUAUACGUCGGGAUCUUGUUGGCCGACCAAUUGACUCGCCGUCGUGGCAUUUACUUGUUACACGAUAAAGCCAGAUCCAGAUUGUACAACUCUUUAGGGUUUCUUUUCGCUGGAUGGGCCGCCCAUUAUUUGCCAUUCUUUUUGAUGAACAGACAAAAGUUCUUGCACCACUACCUCCCUGCACACUUGAUAGCUGCAUUGUUCUCUGGAGCUCUAGUAGAGUUCAUUUGCUCCAGUAAUAGAGUGGGGGCUCAACAAGCUGGUGUGGACAAAAAGAAGAUCAUUACUUUGGUGUCUAUUUGCACCGUUGCCGUUGCUUGGUUUUUCUUCUAUUUCCGCCCAAUUACCUAUGGUGAUAUUUCGUUGCCGGUGGAAGAGGUGAAGAAGAGAAACUGGUUGGAUAUAAAAUUACACUACGCCAAAUAG